AUGAAUGACGAUAAAAUAUUCUUUAUUGAUGAAGUAGGAUUUAGUCUUUCAAUGCAAGUUAGAAGAGGACGUUCUUUAGCUGGAAAGAGGGCCACACAAACAGUGACCAAUAUACGGUCAAGAAAUAUUUCCGUCUGUUAUGCAAUGAACAAAAACGGAAUUUUGAAAUAUGAAGCACAAACUAGAGCAUUUAAUACAGAAAGCUUUUUCGACUUUAUUCGUUUAGUAUUAGCACAAUUAGCUGUUAAUAAAGUUGUUGGAUCUAUCUUAAUUUUAGACAAUGUUCAAUUUCAUAAAACUGAUGUAGUUCAUAAUGAAAUAGUACGUGCUGGGCAUUCUUUGAUAUUUUUACCUCCAUACUCCCCCUUUUUAAACCCUAUUGAAAAUAUGUUUUCUGAAUGGAAACAGUUUAUCAGAAGAUGUUCGCCUAGGACUGAACUGCUUGAAAAUAUACAAAACGGUGCAUUGAAUAUUACUAGCACAAACUGUAAUAAUUAUUUUGCGCACGUACUGAGGUAUAUGAUUCCGUGUUCAAAAAGAGAACCAGUUAUUGAAGAAUAA